ACAUUCCCGCCAUCAUCGCGCAGCGCUGCGAGGCGUCGUGUGCGGGUCCACUGUCAACAACAUACGUACAGAGGAGCAGGUGAAUGCCGGCAAAACAAACUUUCUUCCCUCGGAGGACCUACGAACACGAUAUUGUAAUUUAAAAGUUUCGAUAAGGACACAUAUCAUCGACAGGAUUUGUUUGAUCGCAAGUCCUACCCUCCAAAGUGCACAUACUGGAUAUUAAGCCAUGGCAGCCGUAGUGCCCAAACUCUCCAGCGGUGGCGCUGUAAAGAUGCGCUUUACAAGCAUGGACCUGGGCACCACCAGAUGGAAAGAAGGAACGUUUGAGAUUCUGGAAAAAGAGAAUAAAGUCAACCUCUGCCUUAGAUUCAACUGCGGUGGAGCUGCCAGAACCUUUCAGCUGAAUCAGAAUGUGAAGAACAUAAACCAUAAUUCCAACCGAAUCAUUUUGACCUUGAAGGACACGAGUGUCAUCACCCUUGAUAAGAUGCCCACUACUUUGGCUCAGAGGACUAAAGACUACCUGGAGAAGCUGAAGCAAGGAAAGCCAGUUUUAAAAUCAUCCCAUGGAAGUGCAAACUUCAGUGUGCUUGGGAACCGCUCUGCAAAAAAUGAGACCAGUCCAACAGCGGAGAGACAGACGACACAGAGGCGGCAGGGUGCAGAUGGCCGGGAGGACACAACACCACGGAAGCCUCUGGGCAGCCCGAGUAGAGCUGCCUCUACUCCCACCCGCACUGGCCUCUCUGAGAACAGGAGUGAGAAGAGAAAGAGACUUCUGAACUCUGAAAGUGACCUGACUGAGGAUUACCCCAAGGAAAAUGACUCCUCAAGCAACAACAAGGCCACUUCAGAACCAUCCAGGAAGUUUCUGUUGAGCUGCAAAGAGAAGUUGAAGCAGGCGGAGGAAAACAGGAGCACAGCUCCACUGGGUUCAGCACCUCUUCAACCAACAUCCUUCUAUGGCAGCCGAUCUGUGACUAAAGACUACAGCCAGAGCCAUUCUUUUCUGGACAGGCCAUCCAGUACAGCACAAACCACCAAGAGAAGCCUUAUGCUGCCAAAUCACUCUACUCCCUUCAAGAAGGUUCGUCCCUCUUUGGACUACGGCGGCUGGAACAAACAGAGGCCUUCCACUUUGGCCCAGCCUCAGCCUCCACUGCAAGGAUUUUCCAACCUUGGCAACACUUGCUACAUGAAUGCCAUCCUGCAGUCGCUCUUUAGCCUUCCCUCCUUCUCCAAUGACAUGCUGAGGCAGAGCAUCCCAUGGAAGAAGGUGCCCAUCAAUGCGUUGCUCAGGCGUUUUGCUCACCUAAUGGUCAAGAAAGACGUGAGCUGUCCAGAGACAAAGAAGGACCUCUUGAGAAAAGUGAAGAGUGCCAUCUCCUCCACAGCUGAGCGUUUCUCUGGAAACAUGCAGAAUGAUGCGCAUGAGUUUCUGAGCCAGUGUUUGGACCAGUUAAAGGAUGAUGUAGAGAAAAUGAACAAGAGUUGGACGAAUGAAGCAGCAGCAUCCUCAUCAUCUUCAGCUGUGUCAGACAGUGGUCCAGAGACAACGUCAUCAUCGGCCAAGGCAGAGCCUGGCGAGGAGGCAGAUAUUUCUCGCAUAUACACCUGCCCUGUGGCGGUCAACAUGGAGUUUGAAGUGCAGCACACAAUCACCUGCAAGUGCUGUGGUGAAGUUGUGACCAAACGAGAGCAGUUCAAUGACUUAUCCAUCGACCUACCACGAAGGAAGAAAACCCUUCCGCUUCGCUCCAUCCAGGAUUCUCUGGAUCUGUUUUUUAGGAUGGAAGAAAUUGAGUACUCGUGUGAAAAGUGCAAUGGGAAAGCAGCGACUGUAACACAUAAAUUCAGCAAACUACCCAGGGUGCUCAUCCUUCACCUGAAGCGGUACAGCUUUAAUGCUCAGCUGUCUAUGAACAGCAAGCUAGGUCAACAAGUUGUGAUACCCAGGUACCUGACCCUGCUGUCACAUUGCUCUGAAUCCACACGACCUCCUAUUUGCCUAGGCUGGAGCCCUCAAACCUCCAUGUCCAGAACGCUUAAAACGUCACCAUUGGUCAACUCCUCCACAGCCCCUCUCCGAAGAAUUGGAGGUAAAGUGGCCAACUCUAGCUGUACCUCUGUCCUCUUGGAUUCUGACUGUGAAGAAGAGACUAGCAGAAAAGUGAACCAGAGCCGCAAGCGUCGCCUCAGCAGCUGCCUCCCGGAAGAUGAUGACAGACCAGAAGAGAGGGCGGCUCCUCUUGAUGCAGCAGACUUCAGUGGUAUUAAUGAUGACGAGAUGCUGGCAGCUGUGCUAGAGAUGAGUCGUCAAGAAGCAGGGCUUUCUGCUCCUACGUCACUAGAAGAUGAGCCAACCAGCAGCCCUGAUACAGGCUUUGGAGACACUGAUGCCCAUGACCUGGUCUAUCAUACAGAUCUGAUGGAAAUGGACAACAAACAGCCUGCAGAUGUACUGGAUUCCCUGGACCUGACCAUGGAUGAAAACAAGGAGAACCAGACUCCAGAGGGUGUCCAACCACAGGGGGAACUCGACUGGGUUCAGCAGUACAGUCUGGAUCAGGAGAGGGAAGAACAGGAGCUGCAGCAGGCACUCGCACAGAGCCUCCAGGAACAUGAGGCCCAAGAGAUGAGAGAGGAUGAUGACCUGAAGAGGGCCACUGAAUUGAGUCUGCAAGAGUUCAACAACUCGCUUCCUGAGCUGCUGUGCUCAGACGAGGAUUCUGGCAAUGAGGACGUGUUUGACAUGGAGUACACUGAAGCCGAGGCUGAGAACCUGAAGAGGAACGCUGAGAGUGGAGACUUGGCCAACUCUUUUAGACUCAUCAGUGUCGUUAGUCACAUUGGGAGCAGCUCCUCCUCUGGCCAUUACAUCUGUGAUGUUUACGACAUGAAGAAGCAGUCCUGGCUGACCUACAAUGACCUGGACGUGUCACGUACACAGGAAUCAGCUGUCCAGAGAGACCGCGACCGCAGCGGAUACAUCUUUUUCUACAUGCACAAGGAUGUGUUUGAGCAGUUGUCUGAGAUGGAGAAAUCUGGAGCCAGCACCACCUCAGAGGCAGGAAGAAAUGUCCUGCAGCCCCUCUGAGCACUGCAUUUUUGGACUCCUGCUAAAAUACCACGGCUAAACUUUUCUCAAUGGAGUUGUCCUCUGAACAGCCCAGAGUACUACUGAUCGCCAUCCCUCGUUCGGGUUGUCUUCAGGCUCUUGUUUUCCUCUCAGAUUCUUUAAACACCUGAAAAUGCUCACAAAGGUGUUAAACUUUAAUGACUCUACCAGAAAUGCAGUUAAAAUGUUCAGUGGAUCAAAAUUUGCCUCUGUGUUUUUGGGGCUGGAGUUUUUCUUUGCUAUGAUUUUAUCAGACAGAUGUUUUGUAAAACUUUCUUUGUUUCUUGAUACACUUCUUUAAAAUUUAAUGCCGCUCUUUCAGACUUUCACUUAAAAGCAACUAUCAAACACCAAGAUGCUAAUGGUGCUUCAUGGAUUGUAUGUUCUGCAAACCCUUUAUUUCCACUAUACACUAAAUAAAGAUAUAUUCUAUGUUCUUAUGAGUAUAAGCUAUUAUAAAUUUAGAGGGUUGCUGUAUUUAGCGGGUACAUUUGGUGCAAUAUUUACGUUCUCAACUCCGCUUUCUGUCACAGUGUGUUUGGAUGUUUGCUCAGUUGCUUUCUGUGCUUGACUUAUGAACUAAUGUGUGUAUGUGUGUGGCGUCUUCAUACUAUAGAUUCAACAGGAAAAAGUAUCUGUACGCUUAAUAACAAAGCCUGUUUUCACUGAAGCUUUUCUCAGUAAAGCCCGCUUUAUUCUUUUGGGGUUUUGCCCUUGUGCCUCCCAAGAAUACUUCUAUAAAUACUGUAUGUAUACAAGCUUUACUUUGAAUGUUGCACAACCUUGUUGUUUUGGAAUAUGUUUGUUAAAUCUUCAACAAUGUGUAAGUCAGAGUUUCCUUUAUAAAGAGCCAAGAUUUUCUAUUUAUUACAACACACGGGUUGAUUUACCUCAAUGAACCCAACAGAUACGCCACGGCAUAUAGAAGUCAUAAAUACUAGACUACUUGGGAAGCUUGCUGUAAUGUUACGUCUUUGUCAUCUUUCUUAAGGCCAGUAUACGAUACAGUUCUUAGACCUCUGCUAAACUUUCAGCUACUUUCUAUCAGAAAUGCUUGCUUAUGAAUUACAGCUUACAGAAGUACUCUAAUUUUCCUGUACUAGAUCCAUUACUAAACACUGGUUGUACUGCUCUUUUUGUUACCACUGUAAAAAUUAAAUCACAUUUCAGUACA